GCAAAGCGUGACCUUGGACGCGCUCAGCCGAAGCGGCGGAAACUCGCCUCCCAUUGGUUUGGAGCCGCCUCAGCCGGCCAAGGUCGUCCGUCCCUCAUUUUAAGAUGGCGAUGAGGGGUGUUUCUCGGCGGGUGUUCGAGGUCUUCGUUAGGCGAAUACCCUGGAACAUGGAGGAGAAUGAACUAAGAGAAUAUUUUGCUCAGUUUGGACCUGUGAAGAAAUGCAUCCUGCCAUUUAAUGUAGAAACAGGGUUCCAUAAAGGCUUUGGCUGGAUUGGAUUUGCUACAGAAGAGGGUCGCAGUAACGCUUUGUUGAAAGAUCAUAUUUUUGAUGGAAGACAGCUUGAAGUUAAACGUCAAGAGAAGAAAAAACAGCCAGAUGAAAUAGUUGCUAACACCAAUUAAAAAGAAGGAUACUUUAUUUCAUUGCUAUGUAAAGAAACUAAAAUAAAUUUUGGUAUGUAUAUAUUCAUCUUAA